AUGUGUCGGAGUGAUGAAGUUGACAAUUGCCAUAGAGAAGAUCGAACACAUCCUAUAGACGAGGUCAUGGACAAUGGCUUGGCUUCUGGCUCCUCAGGAUCACAGCCUUUCCCAGAUACCCAAGCCUUUCAAGCACCUGAUCUCCCAAGCCGGAGGAAUUCGUAUCAGAAUCGAGCUCCUGAGUCAGUCUCCGCGUCUUCCAGAUCUGGUCAGUCGCCAUUUACGCCAGCAUCUUUUGUUGCAAACUACCAGGAUACACGAGGGUUGUCACUGGGUGCAGCUCUCGACUCCGACCGAUCGGUUGAAGGAGAGACCAGAGACUCUCUAGAUACGCUCCUUCAGCACAAUCUAUCCGAACCAGUGAAUUCACAAAGAAAACACGACCCUAUUGAUAUGGGAUUCAUCAGUCGACCAUCUGCACAGAAUCUAUAUGAAGGAUUCUUCAAGCACUUUAACUGUCUCGUUGGGCUCCUCGAUCCCAGUCUCUACACGUUCUCCUAUACAAGAUCUAGGUCAAGUCUCCUAUUCACCAUGAUUCUCACAAUAUCAUCGCGGAUCUUUCAGCCAGAAUCUCAUAAGCCUGUACGAGAUCAUGCUGAGUUUCUCCUUGGCCAAGCUUUACUCGCAUGUGACUCAGCAGUCGAGAAUAUCUGGGCCAUCAUAUUUCCCAACCCAGAGCCUUUCCAAACACCUCUGGUCUGUCUCUUGAGAGAUUACAUCCGUCUGUACUCCAACUCGGUAUUUCUACAUCGAAUGAUCGCCUCGGGAAGCAGAUCUACGUCACAUGAUCUCACCACUCAUACCGCUCGAGUCUGUUUCUGCAGUGCAUUGAGUGUACUGCGACAGGCCAUCGAAAUGGGAGAGUUGGAAAUCAUCUACUACCUCUGGGAUACAGCGCACCUAAUGAUCGCCUUCUCAGCCAUGAUGAUUCCAAAACUACUAAGGCAAGAUAUCGACGAGUCAUCAGUCUCAAAGAACGCAGCUAUCAAUACAGUGACUCAAGUUACGUCUGCAUACGUCAGUGCCGCCAAGUCAAUAGGCGCCUCUGAUCCAGAGAACAACACUAUCUUGGCUCAAGGUCGUCUCUUCUCCGGAAUUCUCGCGCGACUGAAAGCCGAACUGGUGCAAGCGAAUACCGACAUGAUGUCUCCGGCCAUGCCUGACAAUCUCUCCAUCUCGGGCCUCUCCUGGAUUGAAGACCAGCUGAAUAGGUCCACGUUCUUCUCUGACGGAAGGAUGGAACCGCCGUUGUCGGAGUACGGUGACAUGGAUACCCAGACCGUGGGGCCGAACGAAGAUAUGAGCUCGUUCAUCCCACAAGUGUACGAGGAGUUUGAUCUUAUGUUGGAUGAUGAUUUUGUGAACGCGAGGUAUUUUGAGAUUGGUAUGGUGGGAAUGGGGAGCAUGGGCUCCAUGAUGUCCCUCCUCUUCGCCGAGAAAGGUUGCAAAGUGUACUACUUCGACAUUAGCGAAUACAACAUGAAAGCAGCUGAGAAAAUGGUCAAGGACGUCAACGAAGAGACUCGAGUCUUUCGCCAACAUAGCUACAAACAACUCUGCGAAGAAAUCUACUCCGAGAACCACCCACGGAUCAUCAUCUUUAGUAUCCCCCACGGAAAUCCCGGCGAUAAAUGUGUCAAGGCUCUGCGACCGCACAUGACCAAGGGAGAUAUCAUUCUCGAUUGUUCAAAUGAGUUUUACGGCAACACGGAACGACGACAGGCGGACCUUGCAAAAGAUGGCAUUUUUUAUGUCGGGUGCGGCGUCUCAGGCGGGUAUCAGAGUGCACGAGCUGGUCCGUCAAUGUCACCAGGCGGCGACCCCCAAGCCCUCGAAAUCAUCAUGCCGCUUCUCAGAAGAGUCGCAGCGAAAGAUCGUGAUGGUAAACCAUGUACUAGCCCCAUUGGCCCAGGUGGUUCAGGACAUUAUGUCAAGAUGAUCCAUAAUGGAAUCGAACAAGGCAUGAUGUCGGUUAUUUCCGAAGUAUGGUACAUCCUCACCAAGGGUCUUGAACUUAGCUACGAAGAAGCAGCUGGUGUUUUUGAGAGAUGGAAUCAGACAUCGGAACUUUACAAUACGUUUCUGAUCUAUAUCGCUGUUGAUAUUAACAGGACGAAAGAUGAGAAAGGACGAUAUGUCCUGGGCAGGGUUCAGGAUAAGGUUGUGCAGGAUGUUGAUAACACUGAAGGAACAGGGACGUGGGCUUGUGAAGAGGCGGUAAGGCUUCACGUCCCUGCUGCGAAUAUCGUCAGUGCGCAUUUGUUUAGAUGUACUUCGGCUGAACUGAGCCAGCGCGCUGCUGAUGCUGAGGCCUCUGGACGUUGGCAGUCUUCAGCAAUGAAAGUCGCUUUGAGGGACGAUCUCAUCGAAGAUCUGCGUAAGGCGACGUACUUUUGUCUAUUGCUGUGCUUCACGCAAGGCCUACAGAUCAUUCGCGAAAUGGAUCAGCAGCGCGAAUGGCACAUCAACUACCAAGACCUACUACAUGUUUGGAGCGCCGGGUCAAUCAUUCAAGCUGGAGGUAUCAUGGACCUUCUUCACAAAGUCUACAACGAAUCGCCCAACCAGAAGAACAAUCUCUUAUCUAACAGCCAACUCGAAAAACAACUAACCACCCUGCUUCCUUCAAUGAAGCGAUGUGUUCUCACAGCAUUGGAGGCUGAUAUGGUAAUCCCAGCAAUGAGCCAGAGUCUAGAGUACUACAAGUAUUCAACCUCUGUGGAUUUGCCGACUCAAUUGACGGAAGCGGAGCUGGAUUACUUUGGCAAUCACAAGUUUGAUCUGAAGGAGGAACAACGGGGUGAACCAAGCAAGGGAAAACACCAUUUUGAAUGGAAGCCAGCGAAGGGAGAGUCUGACAAGUCUCGGCUUUGA